GCAACUCUGAUAAUGCUACACAAUUUUUUUGCAGACGCAUAAUUUUCACCGCAAAGCCAGAAAAAAACCUUAAAAAAACGUGUUAAAACGGUGAAAAACGGCAGCUAAACAAAAAUCAACGAGAUGAGCGAAUUCCAAACGCAGCAGGCGAGCCUCAGUCAAUCCCAAGCCCUUGCGCAGGCCAUCCAACGUGCCAAGCAGAUUGCGGCCAAGAUCCAGCCGAAUCAGCCGGGUGGCGCUUCCGUGGGUCCAUCGCCACCGGCUUCCGGAGGAGGAGGAGCGCCCAGUUUUAAGCGGCACAACGACGACGGCGACAGUGGCCCCGAUUGCAAGCGCUCCUUCGGCAGUCCGGAGUACGGUAAUAACAGCUCCAACAUGAGCAGCGGCAGUGGGGGAGGCGGUGGUGGUGGAGGAGGAGGUGGAGGCCAAGGCGGUGCCAGCAUCUCCCAGGCAAUCGCACAAGCCGCAGCCGUUGCCGCUCGACUAGCCGCCUCGGCGGGAACCAGCUGCGAGGAGCAGAUCCGACUGCCCGACUCCGUGGCCGGUGCCUUUAUGGGUCGCGCCAGCAAUGACACCAUCACCCACCUCCAGGCGGAGUCAGGGGUCAAGGUGCAGGUAAUGCAGGAUCAGGAUCGUGUGAUCAUGCUGCGCGGCCAGCGGGAUACGGUCACCAAAGGUCGCGAAAUGAUCCAAAACAUGGCCAACCGCGCUGGAGGUGGACAGGUUGAGGUCCUACUGACCAUCAACAUGCCGCCACCGGGACCCAGUGGCUAUCCGGCGUACCAGGAGAUCAUGAUUCCGGGCGCCAAGGUCGGUUUGGUCAUCGGCAAGGGCGGCGAUACGAUCAAACAGUUGCAAGAGAAGACUGGCGCCAAAAUGAUCAUCAUCCAGGACGGACCCAACCAGGAGCUAAUCAAGCCGCUGCGCAUUUCCGGCGAGCCGCAGAAGAUCGAGCACGCCAAGCAGAUGGUGCUUGACCUGAUUGCUCAAAAGGAUGCUCAAGCUCAGCAGCAAGGCGGUCGAGGCGUUGGCGGCGGCGGAGGAGGUGGCGGAGGUCCUGGAAUGGGUUUCAAUAACUUCAACAAUGGUAACGGUGGCGAAAGUGUCGAGGUCUUUGUGCCCAAGAUUGCCGUGGGCGUGGUCAUUGGCAAGGGCGGCGACAUGAUUCGGAAAAUCCAAACCGAGUGCGGCUGCAAGCUCCAGUUCAUCCAAGGAAAGAAUGACGAGAUGGGCGAUCGGAGGUGCGUCAUUCAGGGCACACGUCAGCAGGUCGAGGAUGCCAAGCGCACCAUUGACGGACUGAUUGAGAAUGUGAUGCAACGCAAUGGAAUGAAUCGAAAUGGCAACGGUGGAGGCGGAGGAGGGCAAGGAGACUCCGGCAACUCCAACUACGGCUAUGGAUACGGCGUUAACCACGCACAGGGCGGCCGAGAGGAGAUUACAUUCCUAGUGCCUGCUUCCAAAUGUGGAAUUGUUAUUGGUCGAGGGGGCGAGACCAUUAAGCUGAUCAACCAGCAGUCUGGGGCCCACACAGAAAUGGAUCGCAAUGCCAGCAAUCCGCCCAAUGAGAAGCUCUUCAAGUCUAAGGGCACCACCGAUCAGGUGGAGGCAGCCCGCCAAAUGAUCUCCGAGAAGAUAAACAUGGAACUGAAUGUCAUUUCCCGCAAACCCAUUGGUGGUGGCGGUUCGGGCGGUGGUGGCGGAAACUCUGGCGGAGGGCAAAACAACUCACAUCACAAUCAGCAGCAGGGCGGCUAUGGUGGCCCCAAUCAAAUGCAAGGCGGCGACCCUAAUGCGGGCGGAGGCUAUCAGCAGCAGCAACAACAGUGGGGUGGACCCUACGGUCAACAAGGAUGGGAUCCGUCUGGACAGCAGCAACAGCAGCAGCAGAUGGCCAUGGCCAGUCAAGGUGGAGCCGCUGCGGCGGGGGGAGCAGCUGGUGGACAGGAUUACUCGGCACAGUGGAUUGAGUACUACAAACAAAUGGGUUGCCAUCGCGAAGCUGAAAUGAUUGAGCAGCAAAUGAAGGCCAAGCAGGCAGGAGGAUCCUCUGGUCCUGUUCAGCAGCAGCCUCAACAGCAACAGCAACCACAGCAACAACCAUCACAACAGCAAGGAGGCGCCGGUGGUGCCGGAGGAGCCGACUACAGUGCGCAGUGGGCGGAGUACUACCGCAGUGUGGGCAAGAUCGAGGAAGCCGAGGCCAUCGAAAAGACGUUAAAGAACAAACCGCAGAAUGGAGCCCCUGGUGGCCCUAACAAUGCACCCAAUCCCAGCGGGCCCAAUCCCGGACAGCAACAACCCAAUCCUGCUGCGGCGGCAGCAGCGGCUGCUGCAGCGGCAGCCGGCGGAUAUGGCCAGGGCAUGACGCCCAGCCAGUACGCACAAUACUCGCAAUAUUAUGCGGCGGCAGCUGCAGCUGGUGGUCAACCGCAGGGAGCGCCUCAGCCCGGCGGAGGUCAAGGCGGUGGUCCACCUGCCGGCUAUCCAGGCGGUUAUCCGGGAGCUGGCUACGGCGGCUAUCCUGGUGCGCCGGGACAACAGCAACAGCAGAAAUCGCACAAGAACGACAAACACUGAGGAAGCUCGGAGGGAACGGGAUCGGGAGCGGGGAGGAGAUGCAUGUGGGAGUGGAAACGAACGCCGAAGUGGAAGAUGCUGCGGUCGGAGGACGAUGCAGGUGCCUUGCAUGGGUGAUCUAUUGUUCUACUAUGUCCUAUGUCUUUUAUCCCCCACAAAACUAGCAAAUCAGAACAGAAAAGCAAACGCAAAUGAUUUUUAAUUGCAAUAAAAUAACAACAGCAAAAGCAUCACCCGACAGACAACACACGGCAAAAUGGAGGCGGAGAUCAGGGGGUACAAAGGAGGAGCCGGAUCAAUCAGCCAAACAACAAUCGGAGAAACAUUAACGUUUAGCUUGUGUCGUCGCACUUUUGCAUAAAUGUAAAUUAAUAUUAUUAACACUGUCUAUUAUUUGGAUAUUGCCUAUAAUUUCCCCACUAGCUCGUAAGCAAUUUCCCCCGAGAACAUAAGUCUAUUAUUACCUACUAUCUAUGCAUAAUCCCAACCGAUUGAAAGAUAAUGCCCUUGCUGUCCAUGAUCACCACUUGCACAGACACAUUUAUGAGAAGCCAAUUUGACCCGUUUAUGGAAGUUUUCUUCGGUUUUUAUACCCAUCUGCAUAUAUAAAUUAUUUCAUCGUCAAUUCAGGCAAAUCUAAUCCGGGUCAGCCUGAAUGAUCCGCGCCGCGUGUUUUUCAUUCGAAAGACACCUUGGUAUAAAUUCUCAAUUGCAAUAUCUGAAAUUCUACAACGUUAGUAGCAUACAACGCCUAUAUAUAUACCGCAUAAAAAAUAACGCAAUUUUUUAAUACAUGAACCCAUAUUCACUUACUUAGCUUAGCUUAGUUUUACGACAAGUCAUUUGAACAAGAUCUGAUCAACAACUUACACAUGAUCAACUAUGUCUGGUAAGAUUUUUAAUAUUUAAUCAUACCGUUUAUGGAGUUUACUUGAUGUGAGGGACUGGUUUAAAUGUGUUCUAAUUUGGUUGGUCUGACAAUUUGCAUUACAAAUAUUUUCACCUUUCAGUUGUGGAGAGCCCAUCAAAUCAUUUUCGUAGUAGUAAGCUGAAACUGAAAUUAUUUAUGAUCUACAUUCUGAUCUAUAUUUGUAGAUUCUUAAUUAUAAAUUUGGUAAAACCAUAUUUUCAAUAUUUACUUUUAAACUGACUAACUUAUGAGCAGGAGAGUAAUCAUGUCUAAUUUAAUAUCUAUAUCAUAAAAUAUGCAAACAUAAAGUAUGUACUUUCAGAGGCCGCUCUUCAGACCAGUUCAUAACAGAAUUUCGAAAUCAAACCCAAAAAUUUUUCACACAAAACAAAACAAACAUGAAGAAAUACAAACCAUAUAUUGUAAAAGUGUCAAACUUGGUAAGAUCGUGUGUUGUUAUUACUGUCUAUACAAUUAUAUAUUGCAAAUCAAACAAUGAAACUUACCCAAAUGAAUGUAGGUCUACCAUAAAUGAUAAACAUAUAAUCUUAACUAAGUUUUACGUCUCCCCAAAUAUCUGAUUGUUGCAACAGCAGAUGAACCAUAUUGUAACCGUUGUUCGACUAGGCAGGCUCAGAUCGGGACACCGAUCCAGAUCUUGAUCCGUCUGCAGUCGGCAAAGCAUUGAAUAAACAUUUAAUAUACCGUA